AUCGACACCCGAAGGCGACGAAUGGUAUCCGCGCGCACGAGUCCUUCGACUCCUGUCUCAUCAUCGGCUUCUUCUGUCUGACAGCACACCUCCGUAUCGUGUGGGAAGAGUGAGUCUUCAUCACGGAUCGCUCCGAGUGAGACACCCAUCUCCAACGCCGCCUCCAGCUGGUCUCGUUGUGCUUAAGUGACACUCCGUGCAUCAGGUCCACGAAUCCAUGCAUUGUUGGAUCUUCUCGAAGGUUGCCGGAUGUCAACCACGCGGCGGGAUGUUGGGGCUGCUGGCUGCGGCGGGGAGAGUGAGGAUGGCAGUGCAAGUGCAUGGAGUGCGAUCAAUCCUGGACACGACAGGGCCACUAUAGCCAAAGAACUGGUUGGGGUUCGGGCAGAAUUUUGUCUCGUCUUCCUCCAUGUAUUCACAGCUGCUGGGAGGCCGGAGGCGCCUGGAAGAUCCGAAGGAACAAAGGCAUGCGCUCGGAAUAAAUACAUCUGCUGGCUCGCUUCGUGUCUGUUGAGACUUGGUCCCUUGGUGGAUUACCGCGGCUCCUCUGUGCCAACAACCAUGACUUCAUGUGCAAAAUCUCUGCCACAAGCAGGCUUUGCUGGGAAUUCUAAACUUCCAAGUACCUCGUCGCUAAUCCUCGACCACUCCACCCCCGAGGCGCACACCGCCCUCUUCCCCCCUUCUAGACCUCAGGCAGUAUUUACAAAUCCGCCCUAACCCGGCCUCCACCUUGCAGCAUCGAGCCAGGGCCA